GUGAAAGUAAAACUUAUCAUCUUCUUCCUAAUCAUGUUCUUGUCGAGGAAUUCAAUUAGCUAUUUCAGGAUGUGGAAGCUGAAAAUAGCAGAAGAUGGGCCAUGGCUGACGAGUCUGAACAACCAUAUCGGAAGACAACACUGGGAGUUCGAUCCCGACGCCGGAACUCCGGAAGAACGUGCUCAGAUAGAAAAAUUCCGGCAGGACUUUAAGAAGAAGAGGUUUCGUAACAAACAAAGUGCUGAUCUCCUCAUGAGAAAGCAGCUGAGAAACGAGAAUCCAACUGGACCAAUCCCAGCAGCCGUGAAGGUUAAGGAGACAGAAGAAAUAACAGAGGAAGCACUGACAACCACUUUGAGAAGGGGUAUCAGCUUCUAUUCUUCCAUUCAAGCUCAUGAUGGUCACUGGCCCUCCGAAUCUGCUGGCCCAUUGUUCUUCCUUCCUCCUUUGGUCAUGGCAUUGUACAUCACCGGUUCAUUAGAUGAAGUCCUAUCCCCCGAGCACAAAAAAGAAAUUAUUCGUUACUUAUAUAAUCAUCAGAAUGAAGAUGGAGGAUGGGGGUUCCACGUAGAAGGGCACAGCACCAUGUUUGGUUCGGCAGUUAGCUACAUUGCGCUGAGGUUGCUCGGAGAGGGGCCUGACGCCGGAGAGGACAAUGUUGUGGCAAGAGGAAGACAAUGGAUUCUUGACCAUGGCGGUCUUGUGGCCAUUCCCUCCUGGGGCAAGUUCUGGGUCACGGUACUUGGAUUAUAUGAAUGGGAUGGUUGCAAUCCUUUGCCUCCGGAGUUUUGGCUUCUUCCUGAAUUCUUCCCAGUCCAUCCAAGCAAAAUGUUGUGCUAUUGCCGUCUGGUUUACAUGCCCAUGUCUUAUCUGUAUGGAAAAAGAUUUGUGGGUACAAUCACAGACUUAAUUAAAUCAAUGAGGAAAGAGCUCUACACUCAACCUUACCAUACAAUCAACUGGAACAAAGCUCGAAACACUGUUGCAAAGGAGGAUCUCUAUUAUCCUCAUCCUCUCAUACAAGAUAUGACCUGGGGAUUCCUUCACCAUGUUGCCGAGCCAUUUUUGACCCGCUGGCCUUUUAAUAAGUUGAGAGAGAAGGCUCUGAAAGUAGCCAUUCAACACGUGCAUUACGAAGAUGAGAAUAGCCAAUACCUUUGCAUUGGAUGUGUUGAGAAGGUCUUAUGUUUAAUUGCUUGUUGGGUGGAAGAUCCUAACUCAGAAGCAUAUAAACGACAUUUAGCAAGAAUCCCAGACUACUACUGGGUUGCAGAAGAUGGGUUGAAAAUGCAGACUUUUGGUUGUCAAACAUGGGAUGCUGUUUUUGCUAUUCAAGCAAUCAUGUCAAGCAAUCUGUGUGAUGAGUAUGCAACAACGCUGCGUAAAGCACAUGAUUUCAUAAAAGCUUCACAGGUUCGUGAAAACCCAUCUGGCAACUUCACUGCAAUGUACAGACAUAUAUCAAAAGGAGCAUGGACCUUCUGUAUGCAAGACCAUGGAUGGCAAGUCUCUGACUGCACUGCAGAAGGCCUUAAGGUAGCCCUCUUAUACUCCCAAAUGUCACCAGACCUUAUUGGAGAGAAGAUAGAAACUGAGCGCCUUUAUGAUGCUGUCAAUGUCCUCCUCUCCUUACAAAGUAACAAUGGUGGUUUUCCUGCAUGGGAAUCCCAAAGAGCAUACCGCUGGAUGGAGAAAUUUAAUCCUACAGAGUUUUUUGAAGAUACCCUGAUUGAGACAGAGUAUGUGGAGUGCACUUCCUCAGCAAUCCAAGGUCUGACACUAUUCAGGAAAUUACAUCCAAAACACAGGAGGACAGAAAUAGACACCUGCAUCUAUAAAGCAGUUAAUUACAUUGAAGAAACACAAAAUCCAGAUGGCUCAUGGUACGGUUGCUGGGGAAUUUGCUACACUUAUGGUACAUGGUUUGCAGUAGAGGCAUUGGCAUCCUGUGGAAGAAACUACCACAACAGUCCCACUCUGCGUAAAGCCUGUGAAUUUCUACUAUCAAAGCAGCUACCUAAUGGUGGAUGGGGGGAAAGCUAUCUUUCUAGCCAAAACAAGGUAUACACAAAUCUGGAAGGCAACCGUGCAAACCUGGUACACACAGCAUGGGCUUUGCUAUCUCUUAUUGAUGCUGGCCAGGCGACUGUAGAUCCUACACCAAUACAUAGAGGAAUAAGAGUGCUAAUCAACACACAAAUGGAAGAUGGUGAUUUCCCUCAAGAGGAAAUAACUGGAGUUUUUAUGAGGAAUUGUACCCUAAACUACUCAUCAUACCGCAACAUAUUCCCACUAUGGGCUCUGGGUGAAUACCGCCGCCGUGUUUUAUUUGCAUAAAAUCUCUUAAUAAUAAAGAUAUAGAAAGAAGAAACAAGAAAGGAAAAGCAAUGCGGAAGAAUAGUGAAUAUGAGAAUCAAGGUAAACUUGAGAUGUAUCUAUACAUUAUAUACGUAUAUAUAUAUAACAAGCUGCAACAUCUAAAAAUGUGUCAAGUAAACUAGGUCUCUACUUUCCCCUUGAUGUUAUAUCAAAUAUGUUAUCCUACA